GUACGCGUUUCGCACUUGUUGUUAGUAACGAAAUCCCAGAACUUCUGUGAAUCCAGACACUUGCUAGUGCGGUGCAUCCGUGAUCGCUACAGCAAUGUUUCUCCAGUUCCUUUUUCUAAUAGGUCUAGCAGGUUCUGCAUUACAAGAAUCAUCUCUGCAGUGCAGCGGUGAAAAAUGUUGCACUGUUUCAGUGGACGAUUGUCUAAUAGACCUCCAGACAUUUUUGAAACUCACUGAACUACCUUUUACUUCCGAACAUACAGAAUUACAUAAAUUGUGCAGCCAGGCAGCCCGUGGGUAUAACUGCUCAGUAAAUGCCAUGGCAUCAAACUGUGUCAAAGGAAAACUGAGAGAUGAAAUCUUGCCUUUAUACUUAGGAAUGGCACAGCAUACUUUCAUUAUGUUGUGCGGGAAUGGUUACGAUACUUGUGGAUAUUUAGAAGGAGCUUUUCUGCAACAUUCAGGAUGCGUCAUGAAAAACAAGUUGGAGAUCGAAUGCUGUGCUCGAGAAACUGGGGUACCAGACUUGCCUGCUUUGAGAAUUCUUGAGCAACCCGUUGAAAGUAUGCUUGAAAACCAAGUAUCCCCUUGCUGCUCUGUGUCUCGUUACAUGAAGUGUGCAACUCAAGUAGUUAAUCUCAACUGUGGUCAAGCAGCGGCCAAUUUCACCACUGAAUAUUUAAAACGAGCUUCAGGAGAACAGCUUCAAACACUGUGCCACAGGAUGCUUGAAUAUCCAGGCACUGAAAGCAAAAUGUGUCCUGUUUCUGUUCCAUUGUGUUCCGGAUCUUGGACAAAUUUAAUUUUACCAAGUUAUAUAUACGUUCUAUUUUUAAUGUUCAAUAUCAUUUAUAAAUAGUACUAAAGUUUACGGACUUGUAUUGAUAUGUAUAUUAUUUCUUUUAAAAUAAAUUUGUAAUUAAUUUGAAAGGAAAAUUUUAAAUGUUCAAUAAAGAUUCUCGAAAAUGUA